GCCUGGUGCGUUCUCUCCGUCCUCACGGAGUUGCUAUGCUGCUGUACGAGUGUGGUUCUCAGCAACGGCGCCCGAUGGGCUCAUGGGAUUUUUUUUCAGACCGUUGCUUCGGUUCAUCUCGCCUGUUCCCAGACCUUCGAGCCAUCCCCCUGCCCUGUAGCACUCGUAUUUCGAGCGCGUCUAGCAAAAAGAAUAGAAAUUAGUGUUCGUAAAGUUUUCCGAGAAAGGUCUCUGCUUUUCCACUGCUUUUCCCAUUCUUUCGCCCUGUCUCUCUCUCCCGCCAGGCUGUCCAGACCUUCGAAACGGCGGCCCUCCGCUCGACGACCGAACCGGCGCGACGAAGACGCUCAACUUUUUCCUUUCUUCUUCUUUUUUCGGCCCGCUUCUGCUCCGCAUUUCCUCUUCAUUUCGUGUCUGCAUCGUUCCUCUUGCCGCCGUUGGCUUUUCCCACCCAUUUUCUCGCUCAUGCGCUUCGUAUCCGCGUCUCGCCCGAUCUCGCUCCCUCUCUCAAUGCGGUUCACCUUUUUUCCGCUGUCUGCGAGCCACAGACAGGAUGUGUGACAGCGAAGUGACGGAACUUCCGAGGGAACAGACAGAGAGCAAGCGGAAGCAGAGUGCAAAGAAACAAGCAGAUAUGCGAACGGUACUGCCACCGGCUCCUCUACUUCCGGAAAUGCCCCCUUUUGGCUGCCCAAAAUGGCGUUCAGUAACCUUAAACCCUAAGGCUUCCUUCAUCGUCUUCUGGUGGAUCUGCUGAGUGACCCCCCCCCCAACGGGGGGUUCGUCUGCAAAUCUGCGAGAGUCCGCUUUUUCGUUUCUUUCCGCCAGGGCUGCAGCAGCAACCGUCAGACGACCAGAGAGCUCUCUCCCGCCUUCUCGACUCUGAGGGAACAAAAAGGGAAGUGGGUGGAGGGAAGAAGGUGACGGAUUGACAGCCUGCUCUUUCGUUCCUGGAUGGAAGGUGAGAGAGAUUCCUGCCAUUUAUCGGGGCACGAAUGCCAUUAUCCGCGUUAGCGGAGGAACAGGCGCGAUCAGCCAAAGAUUUAGUUGCUCGUCCUUCUGUCCACUCUGCAGCUGAGCUCCUUGGAUUGGAGCGUACUGAUUUUUCUUCGGGUCUGUGCCACUUUUAUCCAAUGCAGUUGUUCCUCUUGAUAACAGAGCUGAAGUAUUCAUCAGUCUGUUACACAAAAUGGUCGUGUUGACAGCCGUCCCCGGCGCUUGGCCUUUUUUCUGAGAGCGACGUGGAGGCCGAGUUUCGUCGUCAAAGUCCUUUCUUCCAGCACAUGGCUCGAAAUUCCGCCUCAGCGACCGGGGACUGUUGGUGUCUGUCCUCGCUCUUUUCCUGCUCUCAGGAGCUCAGAAGUUUCUGUUCUGUCGCCUCUUCCGUUUCUCCUCCCUGCACAGAACUCUACUUCUGUCCCCCUCUGCUGGGCGCGCGGCGCUGAUUGGCCCGAGUGUGUCACUCAGCUGGAGCCAGCAUCGCGAGGCUGGACAAUUUAUAGAGGAGCUUGGACUCAUCGCGUGACACUCCUGCUCCCUCCUCUUUUUCCGUUUCAUAUUCUGCGUCUCCUCGUUCACCUUUGCUGUCCUGCCAUUUUCUUUCGUCAGUCUGCUGCUGGGUCGUGAGCAAGGCCAGACAAGGCCGUGUUUGCAUUUCAGUCUCGGCUGCGUUUUUUCCAACUUCUCGACGAGACAUGCCUCGAAAUCUGCCGCGGGGCCGCGAGAGGGGGCAGCCCCCUGAGACCUCGUCCCCCGAAGAGAGUCUGUCGAGUUCCUCUUCUUCGUGUCGUACCUUCGCUGCUUCUCCUGGUUCUUCGUUCACUUCUGCUGUCUCCUCUGCGUCUGCCUCUCUCGCGUCCCUCCGCCCGUCGCUCUUUCUUCGCGGCAGAAAGCGAUCCGUGUCUCCCCUGGAACAGAGAGGGAGGGCAUCCUCUGAGUCGCCCUUCGCCUGUCCACGCUCUCCGCCCGACAGCUCUCGACGCUCUUCCGGAGAGGACUUCACUUGCUCAGCUCGGCAAGGCGUCGGCUUACUAACGAGAACGCAUUUUCGUGGAUAUCCAGUCCAGUGCUCUGCGCUUGGCAUUGAAAGUGAAGGCGAACGCGUCGGCAGCCUCUGCGCCUUUCGCGACUCUCGAGGAGAAGACGCGAACAGCGCAGCGCCUGGGGCCAGGCGAAGCAGAGGCCAGGAGGAGCGGGAGCCGGACCGCGAGGAGGGAAGAGAGAGACGGCCGUGUACCUCUGUGGCCUUUUCUCAAGGCCCGGGCGAUCGAGGGGACCUGUCGCCGCUCUCUGACAGGGCGGAUACAGGCUUGGACUGCGGCCAAGACAGCGAGAGAGCAGACACCGGUGAAUGCUUCUCGCCUGAUGGCCCUCUCACCAGAAGAGUGUCUCUUCGCGACCCGCCCGCGUGGCGAGACUCGAGAGAGGAAGCACUGCAUCCGCCUGUGCCUGAUCUUUUCCCAGGCACCUUUGUCCCGGCGCCUGGCGGGGGCCGCCUCGUCUCGCCUGCUUCGGGCCUUUCGGAGCCGCGGGGAAGCAUCGGAGAGGAGAGCGAGGGCGCAGACCUUGAAGAGCAUCCAAUACAACCGGAGGGCGACCAUGUGAGACGCACAGCCCGUGGGGACCAAUGCAGAGGCAGAGCUGGCGCGGCUUCGCAUCCUUCGCCAGCUUCUUCCUCGUCACGUCCGUUUGCUGAAGAGCGAGAGGAUGUGUGCGCAGAGGCGCUCAUCAGUAAAAUGUUUUCUUCGCGUUCGCACUUGCUCGUGCCCAAGUUGCCAGUAGAGCGGCCUUCGCGGCGUUUGAGGACCGACCCGCCGCGGCCGGUCUCCGAGAGAAGGUCGUUUCUCUCUCGUUUGUUUUCCUCUUUUUCCAGCUCGUCGACACACAGCGCGGUGCCGUCUGCACUUCCCAGUCUACCGUCGUCUUUCUCCUUUUCGUCUCUCCCUUCCUCCUCGUCACCUCUACCCCCGUCGCCGAGCGGGCCAGUCUGCGCCAUGAGGCCGGAAAUUGAGCGCCUCCACAGCGACAGGUCAACCUCCUCGGUGUGUUCGUCGCCCCCCAGUCGCGUCCUUUCGGCGCGGAACUCACGGGACUUCUGCGCGGGGUCCGACCGUCUCCUCGGCUGGCCAGGCUGUGAGCGCGUGGCCUUCUCCCCAUCCCUCAACGGAGGCCCAGCCCAAGGCGGCGGGCCGCGGCACAGUCCGUCGUUUCCGGCGCCCUCGCUGUCUUCUCAGACGCACCAGCGCGAGCCACAGGCGAGGCGCAACGCACCCUUUUCCCUCAUGCCGACUUCCUUCCUCCCCUUCGCCUCGGCCCUCUAUCAGCGUACCUCCGGACAAGCCGCCCCACGCAGCCUCGACCUCGCCACCAACUGUCCUGGCGCCUACCCCUCGCCCGGCGCAUCGCCCCCGCCUGGAGCCUCAGGCUGGCAGAGCCAGGGCAGCGCCUCGCUUGCCUGGUUCAUGUUAUCGGAGGUCGUGGUGAAGGCCCUGACAGUGCAUGACACGGGGGGAGUGAACGUGGAAGUCGCAAUCGAUCCGAAGAAUCCAUUUCUUCUCCAGGGUACAGUCACCGGGGCUCUUUCCUACGCUCGAGGCGGAAACGGGUCGCGGAGGCAGCGGUCUUGCUCUUUCCAACACGGCGACGUGGCCACACCCGUGGAGCGUCGAGCGCCCAGGCGGUCGUGGACAACCGCGGACACUCCCGGCCCCAGCCCCGGAGCGAGCGAGCCCAGAGGCCCGGGUGAGGACGGCGGCAGGACGUUGUCGCGGAGCUUUCAAAACCGGCGCCAGUUCGCGGCGGCUUCCACGCCUGGCCGCGCGGCCGCCGCACCACUCGCGAAGAGCUCGUCGAUGCCGGGCGACCGCGACGAACACGACAGCUCCAAGCGUCCCCCGGCUUCAACUGCGCCUUCUUCCUGGGUCGCUUCGCUCCGGUCCGCAUCGUUCAUUGGCGGCUCGAAGCUCAAGAGGCAAGAGGGCGGGCAAGGCUUUGCCAUUUCCUCUCCGGCUCAGAAGCGAGGCUCCUCCGCGAACUCUGCGUUCUCCGACGGCGAGUGCCGCACCCCGCCUCCCCCGCCGCUGCGUGCGACUCCGUCGAGGGGCAGCCGCUCAGGCGAAGGGCCUUUCUGGAGUCCCUUCGGCGCUGCAGAGAGCGCGGGCCGCGAGACGGCUGCGAGUUCGAGAGGCGAGGCCCGGGAGGGUGCGCCGAUCCGGCGUGGCAGGACGGGCGAGUUGAAUUCGCCGUCUUCCAUCUCGAAUCGCUUCCCGUUUCGGGCCUUCUCGGCUGUUUCCUCGGCGUCACUCUGCCGCUCGGGCGGACCGGCCGCGCGCGGUGCCCCCCACGCCACUUACUACUAUUUCGGCGAGACGAAGCGGAACAAGAGGCAUGGUUGGGGGAUGAUUGUGAACGACGAGCGCUGUCUCCUCGAGGCACAGUGGGUGAACGAUACGGUGCUCGGCUGGUACGUUUGCUACCACGAAUACGCCACCGAGUUCGGGUAUCGCGAGCUGACCAACGUCUCCGCUGUCUCCGUGGCGAGCGACAGCAAUUCGUUCAUCAUCCCAGUCCGGCCGUCGCCGACAGACGCGGGCGACGCCCCGCUCAGACCCCUCGAGCGCAGCGACAGAAGCAAGCGAGACAAACUUUCCACCUCGCCUUGGAAGGGCGGAAAGCCUGCGUGGGGCCGGACCGGCCGACGCAGCUCCACAAUCGCAGGUGUGGCCCAACCGAAGGAGCACAAAAUAGCCGGGUCCAAAAGCGACUCGGACAGCAUCGCGCUCUUGCAGUCCUUUACGCCAGAUCCCUCCAAUUCCACAUUCUUCCUGUCAUCGCCCGUCCCCUCUGCUAACAAGCUUAGCUCGGGCGGCGCCCCGAACGCAAGCGACGACCCCGCCGCCCGCGACCGUGACGCUGCCUUGCCGGCUCGCCCUGUAUCGCCUACCGUCGGAACCGCGCUCGCAAGCUCUUCUCCCACUGGUUCUUCUCUUCCCGGUUCUCCUCCCCCAAGGGCCUCGAUGGGGGGCUCUGCGACGGGGGCGCUGGCCGAAGCAGCGAAGCGGAGAGGCCGGUUGAUGGCCCACGCGCACUUUGCAGACGAUCCGGAGCAGACGGACAAGGUCCUGUCUCAGGUGCGGCGCGGGAAGCUGAAGCACAAGACGAUUCACAGCCAGACAGCUUUCACGAUCACGGUGACUCAUUUCGAGGCGCUCGCGGAGACCGGCGCGCAGGUCGACGCGGGCGGCGCGCGAAGAGGCGACGGUUUCGAGAGCGGCCUCGCGGCAGCUCCGGAACUCGAAGGCACCGCUCGCAGCUCGGCGGGUCCCGUCGUGCCUUCGAGGCCUCGCUCGGCAUCUGCAGACCACGUCCUGGUCACUCACACGCUGGUCAGAGCGAAGAAAAACGGCCUGGACGUGGAGAGGCCGCGCUCAGGUCCCAUCGCAGGCGCCAGCAGGAGAGUCUCUGUCGCCUCUCCGGCCGCAGUCGCUGCUGCGCAGGCCGCCGCGGAAGUCGAGGCGAUGGGCGGCCCUUACGCAGCAGCUGACUCGGGGCCUUUUGACCGGGCCGAGAAAGAGACAGCGUGGACGCAGGGCGGGCCUACGCAUUCCUCUGUGGUCGAUGGUGCUUCCCGUUCUGUCUCGCCGUCGGCUUUGCGGAGAGAGCAGGAACCACAGCGACCGACUCCAGACGACCUUCCGUCCUCGGCGAGUCCUACUACAGGCCUGCCGCCGCCGUCCUCUGCUGCGUCGGCAUCUGGUCCGUUGGCUGUGUGUGCAACAAGUCAGUCCUCAGUUGCCUCUGCGGCUCUGGUGGGGUUGUCCAGCGCGAGCACGAGUCAGAGCGGGGUAGACAACAGCACUUGGGGAGGCAGAUGGAAGUUGGGCGACUUGUUGGGGCAUGGAAACGAGCUGUCGGCGUACUCGUCGCAGCGCGAAGACGUGUCUGAGCUCGACGAUGAAAGCCUGAGUCGCGAGAGUCCAGUGCCACCAGCACUCUCCGUUUUGCAAGGUGCGCAGCCUCUGUCUGCCCGAGGCCAAGAGACAGGGAGUGGUCUGGAGAAGAAACAAGAGGCACCAGAAGAGGCGUCAGAAACUGGGAAGGACGUGGCAACUGAGAACGCGGCGCUGAUGUUCCUCCACCCACUUCCACAGUCUCGCAGCUGCUCGGGGAGCUCGUCGCGGUCGUUGUCGCGAAGCAGCGGGCCAGGGACGACAGGGACAGAGGCACCGAGCGCAGAGGCCCCGGACCCGGAGAUGUCUCAAGAGGAAGCAAGCGAAGCGGCUUCGCCGUUUCAGCGGCGCCGGAGACGCCCGUUGACGUGUAUUCCGUAUGAAGCGUCUGCGGCGGCGAACAAGGUCAUGCUGGACCUGACUGACGCGGAGGCGCGCGAGGGCGGGGCGUGUGAGAGGAGCGACGAGGCCGAGGGACGGCCGGUGUCGAACUCGAGUGCAAACGCGGUGUCAGCGGAGGAGCUGGAGCGACGCAAGCGGCGACUUCGUCGGGGCUCGACCUUCCCGGAGUUCACGACGCAAGAAAAUCCUGCAGUGACGGAGACCGUUCUCUGCGAAGGCAUUAACCGCGGUGGAACGCGCCCGUGCAUGCGCGACCCGCACUUCGGGGCGGGCCCCCCACCGUGCCACUACCUGCGGGCCUCAGACAGCACCAAGUGGAGCACCAAUACGUUUUGCCACUUCCUCCGCAUGCUCGGCCUCACGCGCGAGGCGUCCAUCGCGAAGCUAAAUCGUCUCUGUGGGGCAGACAUUCCGACGCUUACUCGGGAGAAGUUGCGGGAGACGGGCAUCACGGAUCGAUACAUCCACAAGUUUCUGCUCACCGUUGCCCGCUGCCUCUGGUCCUGCUCCGAUCACCUCGACCCUCUGACGCCCCUCAACCGCCGACACCUGAGGCGCUCCACCUUCGCUUCGAAGCAAAACGCGAAAGGGACGGAGCGACCUGCCCAGGCGCCCUCCGCCUCGACCACGUCUUUGGCCUCCGAGGACGGCCUCCGCUCCAUUCCCGCCAGCGAGGUUCGAGUGGGCAGGAAGCUCGGCGGUGGCGGGUACGCGACGGUAUACAAGGCGCGGUACCGGGGCCGAGACGUCGCCUGCAAGAUCUUCAAAUACACACCCUCGGCCUGGCACGAAUCGGUGAAGAGCGACUCCCGAGACGCCGCCUCGAGUCGGCAGACUCCCACGGCCAAGGACCUGGCAACUGGGCCGGUGCCCAGACGCGGCCCGGAGGCCCAGGCCAGCCGUCCUCAGGGGGGCAGUGGGGGACGCCCGCUGGACUCAUGCACCUCGCCUGCUCAGUCGCGGCGAUCCAGCGACCGCGUGGAUGUCCCUCCGUCCUCAAGUCAACGCCAGGAGCCGACCGCUGCCCCGGCAGGCUCGAAAUGUGAGCCGGGUGCGGUCGUGUCGCGAGCCAACUCGCUGACUUACAGUGGAGCUCGCGGUGUCCUGGAAGUCCACCCAAGAAGGACGAGCAAUGUCCUCUCUUCAGGGCUCCAGUCGGCGAGAAGCGAAGAGAGUGUGCCUCAGAUCGACGGUGAAACGCGCCUCAAGCACAGGGCUCAACUGGAGAAGAGCUGCGACGAAUGUCGCGCCGACAGUCCUCUCCUGGGUUUGGAAGCAAGUUGCGGCUCCCGCUUCUCUAGUGAGUUAGGCGAGGAAGACCUCACCCGCCAGCCCUCUCCGCUCGCAGCGACUACCGGUCAGGAGGGUCGCGUGGACCAUCGGAGGUCGAGUAGCUGCAUGCAGCUGGUCGCUGCGAAGAUCUCGACUUUCGACCACAAUGGCGGCCAUGCCAGCUGGUACACGCAUUCCGGCUCGCGUCUCCCGCAUGAGUCUCCGGAUUGGUUAGGGGAAGACGGCGAUGGUGGGGAAGAGCGGGAAGACGACGGGGCGUCGGGUGGGCCCCAUGCGCACGAGAGAGACGAAGCCAGUCGACUCGCUCGCCCUUCCGUGUCUAGCGAGCCGGCGCUUCUUUCGUCGCGCGUCUGGCGGAAACCUUCGGACCCGAGCGAUGUGUCCAGGCGAUCGUCUUUCUCGUGUCUGCCUCCCGUUCCAUGUGUGGAAGAAGUCGAAAGAAGACCUUCAGGGACUUCCGGCUUCGAGACCCGCUCGCUUUCUGGUGCCUCCAACAGCCUGCGGAAUGCCCAGGCGGCACCGAGAAGCGCGGCCGGCGAAAGGGCCGCCUGCGAGCAGUCGGAGCUGGCAGGGUCAGAGGGCGGCGCGGAGUCGAGGCAGAGCGACAACGCGGGAAGCGAAGCGGAGUUGACCAGACAGGAGACGCAUGCGACGCAAGACGAAGAAGACAGCCAGAAGGCUUCAGCGUCGCGAGCCACGGGCAGGCCCUGCCCAGAGACCCAAGGCCGCGUGGUCCCCAAGCUCGACUACUUCCGGUACUGUCCCCAGCCGCUGAAGCACCGCGACUACGAGGCAGACAUUCUUGCGGCUCUUCAGCCCCACCCGAACAUCAUUUCUCUCUACGGGCGCUGCCACCUGCGCCCAGGCGAGGAGGCCCUCAUCAUUGAGUACUGCAAAAAGGGCAGCCUCGACGCCCUCGUCUUCCCCCGCGAAAACGAACGGCGCGGAGGCCCGAAACUCUGGAAGGCGCUCUCCCGGCCGAAGCUCGUCCAAAUCUUCAUCGACGUCGCCAAGGGCAUGGCUCACGUCCACUCGCGAAACAUUCUCCACAGGGACCUCAAACUCAGCAACAUUCUCCUGGACGGGGAUACAGGAAAGGUUGCGGACUUCGGAGUGGCGACGGCGUUUGUCCCAAGCGACAGUCCGUCAGUCUUGGCCCUCUUUGGAAAUCUGUUCUAUGCGGCGCCAGAAGUUCUCCGAGGAGAUGCUUUCUAUCCGGCAUCCGACGUCUGGUCGUACGGCGUCGCCUUCUGGGAAGCGCUAACUGGGACCCUGGCCUACGAAGGUUUCCCGGCUGGCUUCGUCUUCACGCGAGUUGCCGCAGGAGCCUUGGGCCUCCACAUUCCCUCCGAUUUUCCGCCGCCGUUGAGGUUUCUCAUGUCCCGCAUUCUUGCCUUCGAGCCAUCCGAGCGGCCGUCGUUCGAGGAGGUGGCGCAGGCGUUGACCGAUCUUCAGGCGAAUGCUUUGUCGGAGAUCGAGAGAGACUUGGACGACUUCUUUGGCUUGGCGUGAAGAGCAUAAAACAAGCCUGCGCGCGCAGACGUUCAAAAUUUCAGCCACCACGCUUCUACAGUUUGAUCGGGAAGUGGAUGUAGCGCUGAGAGAGAGGUCAGCAGUCGUCGAAUAGAAGUGAAGCUUUCAAAGAUGAGGCUUUAGUUGUCAAAUAGGUAGGUAGAUGUCCAUUCUAAGUGACAGACCAGGCGCUGCUUGCUUGAGAGACUGCGAGUUGGUCGCAUGUCUCCCGCACUACGCCCGUCGCAUGUCUCGAGACGUCCAGGCCGAAUGCGACAAGAAAAAACGCAAGCGAUUUUUUUGUGACGGCUGAAAGAAACAGAAUCAAGCAUACGAACAGCUUCUCUCGACGUCGCUGCAUACGAAACGAGAGAGCAGAGGGGAAGCGCCCGGCGCGGUGCCGUUUCAGGGGUCGCGGUUCAGUCUCAUCCGCCACCGCAGAAAUGCCAUGCGCUUCUCCCGCGCCAUAUUGACACUGAUUCGGAUGAUCGUGGACGUAGACACGUACAAGCAUCCAGGGAGGCAUGCAUAUCUAUAUAGAUAUAAAGAGCGGAACUUUGCAACUGUCGGGCUGCGUCUCCAUUGCUUGCUUUUGUACGCCCAACAGCAGGAAGGGCGUACCAGAGUGUAUAUGGUUGCGUAUGCAUACAGCUUGUAGACAGUGGCUUUUCAACACAGGCGAUAAAUGCCUCUCCGCGAGGAGGGAAGCGGCGCGCCGCUCAAUUCCAACCGGGAACGCAGACAUUUUGACGGAAGGGAACAGUGUCACUUAUCUGCCGCCUGGGUGCAAAUCAGUAGUGGUCGGCUACAAAAAUCGAUUUUCAAACUUGUGAGAUCCGCUGACAGAGGUAACGGAUUUUAUCUUAACCAAUC